ACUCACCAUUCUCUUCUCUUCUCCACACUCUCUCAAAGGACCAAAAGCUGGAAAGCUUAAACUGCCAAAUACUAGUAAAAACACCCAUUCAAAUCCAAAUCCAAUCCCACCACUCUCUCUCUCUCUCUCUCUUUAUUUCCCUUUUCUCAAAAUUCCACAAAACAAAACAUUCUCGGGAAACGGAACCCCAAAUUCCAUUCUCGGGUCAUCGGGUUCCGAAUCAACCAACCGUUUUCACAUACUGCAACAAAACAACACAACAAGCCUCCUUGAUUUCCGCUCUCCGUGCUUCUCAAUCUUGUCAUCGAGUUUUCAGCUUCAAAGCAAAUGUGGCAAUAAAAACAAGGAUUCUUCAAUUACUUUACGAAACUUCCUCGUUGUUAUUAUAGCAAGCAAAGUUGCAAGCUUUUUACAUGGCAGGUAACACAUCGGAAGGGUUGGGCGACGAUUUCUUCGAGCAGAUCUUAGCAGUGCCUGACGCUCAAGUAGGUUAUGGAAGAACGGUGGUGAAUGACGUGGGAGUGUUACAGUUGGGAUCCACAACGUCGUUAAUGCCUCUGGGGUUGAAUUUGGAGCAAGCUGCUUUUCUAAGACACCAAGAUUCCAGAAACUUCCUCCACGACGUCGUUAAUGUUGACGCCACCGUUACCAAUAACCUCCGUCUCCAUAAUAACAAUAGCACCUCCUCCUCGUCUUCCUCUACUGCACAUAUCACCGAUAGGGAUUCGAUGCAUAUGAGGGGUUUGUUUCCAGCGUUUGGACAAUUGCAUAAUCCCACUCACGUUCACUCAGUGCGCCCCACGCUUCCAUCGCCUCCUCAGCCACAACUCCACCUCCACCAUCACAACCAACAGCACUUUCAGGGGCAGGCACCUGCAGCUCCAGUGUCAAUGGCUGCUACGCCACAAGCACCUGGAAUUCGCCCUCGUGUGAGAGCAAGAAGAGGGCAGGCCACAGAUCCCCACAGUAUUGCUGAGCGGUUGCGUCGUGAAAGAAUCGCUGAAAGAAUGAAGGCAUUGCAGGAAUUAGUUCCCAGCAUCAAUAAGGUCCUGAGCAUGAGUAGAUUGGGAGGAGCUGGUGCAGUUGCUCAGCUUGUGGCUGAUGUUCCCCUUUCUGCAGUGGAGGGGGAGGACAUAGAAGGUGGAGCCAAUCAGCCGCAUGCUUGGGACAAGUGGUCCAAUGAUGGCACAGAACAACAAGUGGCUAAGCUUAUGGAAGAAGAUGUGGGAGCAGCUAUGCAAUUUCUUCAGUCCAAGGCACUUUGUAUCAUGCCCAUAUCUCUAGCCUCAGCCAUUUUUCGUAUGCCUCAAUCAGAAGCAUCAACAAUUAUCAAGCCAGAAUCAAACAGCCACUCAUAGAAUAUCAUGAUAGACAUUACAUAAUUUUGUUUAGCUCAAUUUGCUCCUAUUAUUCCUCCUUUAUGACACAAGGGUAUUCUACUUUCUUGUACAAUUUUGUGAUUGGAUGGAAAAGGAUAUAGUCGGUGCAGCUGUUAAUUCAUUUCAAGUUUUUGUCAAAGGAGGAGUAAUUGUGAUUCCUAAUAAGUAAAACCGGAGGAGCCCAGCAUGUCCUUUUCAUGCUGAAGAUAAAAUAUUUUCAAUGGCCUUAUUGAUGUUUUUCUUCCAAAUAUCUGUGGUGGGGUUGGUGGAUGACCAAAAUAUUUGUAGUGGAAGCUCCUUUUCUUCGGUUUUGAUUUUUAGGCAGUGGAAAGUGGGACCAUUUAAAAGGAAAGGAUGGGUAUGCAUGAUGUAUGUGGAGAAAAUUUUAAUACAAGUUGAAAUAAAAUAUGGCUUGUUACCAUGUAAAGCUGUUUGGAAGCAUCUGACAAUUGGAAAAGCUAAAGGUAAUUUCAAAUAGUCAUACAGGUUGAGUUUUGUUUGCUUCUAAAACAAGUGAAUUCCACCAUAAAAUUAGGUGAGAGAUUACUGAACCGACUGCUUAUUCAGAAAGUCGAAAAUGACAGUUUGUUAAUUUACUGAACAAAAUAAAAGCAAAUUAUUAAAGUUUGUGCU